CCCUGCGCCGGCGCGAUGGGUGCGCUGUGGGCUGGGCGAGGGCGGGCAGUGACGGGCAUGGCGGCGCUGCGGAGGAGCGUGGUGUCCCCCGCUGGCCGGCACACCGCCUCCCUCAUCUUCCUGCACGGCUCAGGUGAUACUGGCCAAGGAGUAAGAACAUGGAUAAAACAAAUUUUGAAUCAAGACAUGGUUUUCCAGCAUAUAAAAGUGAUUUACCCAACAGCUCCUGCCAGGCCUUACACACCUAUGAAGGGAGCCACUUCCACUGUGUGGUUUGACAGAUAUAAAAUUUCUAAUGACUGCCCAGAACACAUUGAGAGUAUUGACACUAUGUGCCAAGAACUUACAGAUUUGAUCAAUGAUGAGAUGAAAAAUGGCAUCACAAAGGGCAGGAUACUAAUAGGAGGCUUUUCUAUGGGAGGUGGAAUGGCAAUGCAUUUAGCAUAUAGGUUUCAUCAAGAUCUGGCAGGAGUCUUUGCACUGUCUAGUUUUCUCAAUAAAGAUUCUGCUGUAUAUGAGGCUUUGAAAAGAAAUGAAAGUGUUCUUCCAGAAUUAUUUCAGUGUCAUGGAACUGCUGAUGACCUAGUUCUGUAUUCUUGGGGUGAAGAAACGAACAAGAUGUUAAAGUCUCUGGGAGUAUCAACUUCUCUUCAUACUUUUCCAAACCUCAAUCAUGAGUUAAACAGAAAUGAAAUAGAAGAACUUAAAACCUGGAUUCUAAAGAAGUUGCCUAUUGAAGCUGAAAAGUCAAAUGAAUAAAAGAUGUAGUAUUCAUGUA